AUGGGGAAGUUGAAUUAUACCAAUAGGAGGAUUAGCGGAGAAAAGCUCGGGAACGCUGUCAAAAGGGACAUCCUAAAAUGCAUAACACAAUCAACAAAGCCGGGCAGAGUCCUGAAGGACCCACAUCUUGAGCUCAACCUUCAAGGAAAGCACCUCUGUGAUGGGGGUUUAAAGCUUGCCUGUGAAGGGUUAGCUGUGACCCUCGAGUCCGGGUGUUCGAAGCUGGAUGAACUGAAUCUAUCAGAAAAUAAGAUCACUUUAAUUGGCCUAAGUCAUCUUACUCGAGUUAUCAAACUCGCUGCUAGAGAUCUGAAAGAUCUAGACCUAAGUCGUAACAAUAUUCAAAUCCUUACACAACAUGAUGAAGGGAUCUGGGAAAGCUUUUUGAUGGGAUUCAGAGAUGUUUGCACACUGAGACGGUUGGAUCUCUCUGAGAAUCCUCUUGGUGAUAAAGGAAUGGAGGUAUUAUUAAGUGUUUAUGUACGGGAGUCACCAAUACUUCUACCCAGAGCGGUAAAGCCAGUGCUCGCCGAGAGCUCAGACGAGGAGUACUAUCCAGAUUUCGAGGCUGAUUCGGACACGGACACCAUAUUCUCCUCCGAGCCUCAGCCACUACAUAGUUAUCCUAGUCAUGAAAACCUCUCUGAGUCUCCACCCAGCCCGCAUUCGACUAGCGUUUUGAAACCAAACAAACCGUAUAUUGCUGAGAAUUCAUCUCUUGACCGAUCACCCGCCCUCUCGCUCUCAACAAAGGACAGCUUUUCGUCACAAUCCCCCCAUAGCGUGUCCCAGGGAGUCACUAGUACUGAGCUCGAAAGGGCCCGAAGCAAGAUACAGGGGGCUAUAUUAAAGAACUAUGGGGCAGGUUCUAUUGAGGUCUGGAAAAUAGCUAUUAAAAUGCUUUCGAUUAGUCGAACGAUAUUUUUCGACAAAGAAGACCUAGGAGCUGACUACCUCACGCUCUCUACACGCAACCCCCAACGACAUUCUCCAAUUCGACAAGCAUUCAACACAUUCAACCCGAGAUUCUCUGGUCUACAUGUAGGCUCGCUGAAUUUCCCGCACACCGCACAAUUCCAACAGCAUCACCCCAACAUUCUUGACGGCCAAGGGGCAUGGAAUGGGCCAAAUGUUUCUCAGCUUGGCAGCCCCACAAUAUCGCAAAAGGAAAUGUCUGAUUUCCCGAGUCCAGUUCGGUACAGUUGUUCUUCUACUACAGAAACGUCAGAGCUCGAAGAGCUCCAAGAAAAGAUGCCAAAAAAGCUCCCGGGAAAUCUUCCAACCGAGCUUUGGAUACGAAUUAUCGCACUUGUGACGGAUCCCAAGGAUGUGUUGUCUGAGAAACAGCGGAAGAACAUAGUUGCCUGGGCCAAAAUAAGUGAAUCUCUAGAAAGAGAGAGGGAUUUGGCGGGGAAAUUAAGGUCCGUUCAAAUCUGGAGAGUACUGGAGGCGUUAGAGUGCCUGAGCUAUGAGUUUAAAACUGGCAAGGAGAUCUAG